AAACUAAGUUCAAAACUGAUUUGUGACUUUUAAUAUACUAACAGUAUUAAUGUAUUGCUUCUGGCAUCCUUUCAUAGUCUUGAGAAACAUUAAGGGGGUGGUAGAAAAGAAAAGAGGCUGUAUGUAGACCAGAACAUGGUAAAUGACCAGCAAAGCUGGUGUCCUUUCUGGAAUGCCAGGUGUCUCACGUGAGGGUUUGAGAAAAUUUUAAUACGCAGGAAUGUAUAAUUAUGACCCUUAUGUGGAUCUUACUGUAUUCUCUACUAUUAAAAUUUUCAGUUAUGGAAGUUUAAAUAUUUCUUCAGAAAAUACCAUUGGGAGCUCUAGAUGUUUGAGAUGCAUAGGAUUAUCCAGUUCCUGUGCCAGUCAUAUGCUGGUGGCCUUAAUCUCUUGCAAAGAAUGUCUACCAUUUCAUUGUUUGUUUGUGAAAAUGUAUGUCUUCUAGCAAUUCUGGGUGUCUAACUUUGUCUUGUUGAAUACUCUCUUACCUUUUGUUACGAGACCAGGAAAACAGACGUCCCUGGUUUACAGUCUAGUGUUAGCCUGUUUCUUAUUUUAAACUCUAGCCUGCUGUCAUGCCAUCUGAGGGACCUGCAUUUGCAGUCUGUAGCAUAAUAAAUUGUUUUGGUUUGGUUUUUUUCUUCCCCAUUUCGUUCUCUAGAUCCUUAUUUCUCUCUUCUCACUGAAUCCUGUAGUUCUGCUGUGGUCUUGGGUUGAGUUGGUGCAGGUUGAGAUGCUCGUCAGGGCUUGAAACAGAAAUUUCUUGGUGCAUUUCUGCCCUGCGUGGAGGGUUGUGCUCCUGCAUCACCCAAAAGCAGCUCGCCGGCUGCCUGCUCUGGGGGCUGUAGGCUGAGGUGCUUGCCAUGGGUGCACGGGGAUGCGUUCAUCAUCGGCGUGCUGAGGUGGGGAUAGGUAGGAUCAGGGACAGGCUGGCUUACGAGUUUAUUGAGCUGAAGGCAUCACUGGUUUAUGAGAGAUGGUCGGGUUCGGGGUGGGGGGGGGAAUACUACAAGGGUGAGAUUCUCUGAAAGAUUCUUGUUUGACGUGGAAGAGUCCUUUGGAAGGGUGAAAUCUCAUGGCCUUUUUUUGGUGACUUAGUCUCAUUCAAAGAGUUGUAGAAAGCCCAAUGAGAUCUCGCUUUGCGGCACUGUGUUGCCGGUAGUUGAUACCACUAGAUGCCAUGUCCUUCCCUUCCUGAGGAACGGAUGCAGAUUUUACCAGUCUUCAGUGCUCUGAACCUAACCAAGAAUUUUUUUUAAGUACACCCUUUUGCUUUUUUUGAUGCAGCAGCUGUUUUUGAUCCAUGGUGGUACGUUCUUAUCAGCAGUUCAGGCAUGUGAGAAGUUCUGCUAUCCCACCUGACUUUUUAAGUGAUGGGGUUUGUACCCAUGUCUCUUUGUGGGCUUGGUAUGGGAGAGCUUCAUCCUUGCCCCUGGAAAAGGGAAUGUUGGGAUGGAGCCCUCCUCGCCCCCAGCAUUCUCGGUGCCAAAGACCGACACGGUGUCGGCUAUUCCAGUUCUGUCUGCAGAACUUGUCCAGCUAUUCCAGCAGUCCCAGCUGCUGCUUCUCGUACCGAUCAGCCAGAUACUUGGCUUCCAGGUUUCUGAUACACUUGGACUUGUUGACUUUACUAAUGUUUCUGGUACUUCAACAAGGAUGUUGGUGUUGCGUUUGUCAGUGAUGAUCAAGCUUUUCUUCCAGUUGGAUGCAUCUAUUUGUCCUGAGAAGUGUGACUGCUCUUCAAAAAAUGCAAUUCAUUGCUCUGGUCCCCACCUAAAAGACCUGGAAUCGUUAAAUCUGCCUUGCAACAUGACAGCAAUUCACAUAACGGACACUAAUGUAACAUACUUGCAGGAUGUGUUUUCUAGGAUGGUGGAACUGCAGCAUCUCAUCUUGUCUUCAAACAACAUCUCUCUGAUUUCACCAAUGGCUUUUAAAGGCUUGAGAAGGCUAAAAGUCCUCAAACUGCUAGAUAAUAAGCUGGUCGAACUACCCCCAGAAGUGUUUGAUGACAUGGUACAGCUUCAGCAAUUGAUCAUUGAAAAUAACAGGUUGAAAUCCGUAGAAGAAAAUCUGUUUGACAAACUAGCUACUUUGGAGGAGCUUUUCUUGAACAAAAACCAACUAACAGCACUUCCUAGUGGCGUGCUGAAGAAACUCGCCAAACUCAAAGUACUGAACUUGUCGAGAAAUUAUUUGGCAGCACUGCCUAGAAAUAUAUUUAGUCCAUUAACCAAGCUUGAGAAGCUGAUGCUGUAUUUUAACAGGCUGUCUUCAAUAGAGUCUGGUAUGUUUGAUAGCCUGAAGGAGCUGCUGGAACUCUUCCUGCAUUCCAAUAACAUCCAGUCCAUUGCUCCUGAUGCAUUUCAUUGUCUUCGUAAGCUGAGAAGCCUAACGCUCUCCAGAAACAAGCUUGAGGUUUUGCCUCCUGGGCUCUUUCUGCACUUGCAUGACCUGUCUAAAUUGACCUUGUACAGGAACCCACUGAAGUCUCUUCCAGAAGUAUUGUUUGGAGAAAUGAGGCAUCUUGGUAGCCUGUGGCUGUAUCACACAAAGCUCUCGACAAUACCAGAUUUUGUGUUCAGUAACUUGACAAAUUUAGAGCUGCUUGUGCUGAGUUUUAAUCCAGAGCUUAGUGUUCUUCCUAAGAAUGUAUUCAGUGGUCUGAAUGAACUGCGGGGCCUUUCUCUGCAUACAAAUAAUAUUUCCAGUUUGCCAGAGGGCAUCUUCCUGAGCCUUCAGAAACUGCAGAACAUUUCCCUUUUUGAUAAGAGGCUUGAGGUUCUUCCUAGAAACCUCUUUCAUAAUCUCAAGCACCUUCAGAAAGUUUACCUGAAUAGUACUAAGCUGCAGUCCCUUCCUGGAGACUUCUUUACCACUUUACCUGAGCUACAAGAAGUCUUCCUUGACAACAACCCUUGGAAAUGCGAUUGCCAAAUUCUUGGCUUCCAAGAGUGGCUCCAAAAGAGCAUGGACAUAGUUAAAAAUGUGCCAUCUCUACUCUGUCACAGCCCGCUGGCACUACAGAAUAUUUCUCUUGUGGCUCUAACAGUUGAUCACCUGAAGUGCCUGCCAACCACAGCUGUUACAUACCAGACGUUCAGCUCAACUUACUCCCAGACUUCGACUUCUCUUGUGAUGGAGCACUUAACAUCAUCUUGGGAGACUACUGUAACAGCAGUGUCCGACACGGAUACCAGCACACCCACAUCAAUUCCUCUUGCAACUCCAGCUUUUACCUGCUCACAUGUUGAACAUGUUGGACAGCCUAGGUUUCAUUUCUCAGAUGUUCCAACCAAAACUUCUGCCAGUGUCAUAGUACAAACCAACAGUGUCAGAGGAACAGAUUUAACUACUCUUGCCUGGUGGGAUGAGCUGCCAGCCCACAGGAGUGCUAAACCCUAUUUUAAUACCAGAGUUGCUUAUUGUCAGCUAUUCUUGUGCCUUCACAGUUUGAUUUUAGCACUUCAGACUGUAACCAUUGUGCUCAGUCUGUAUGUGAUGGGUAAAACCAGGCAACUCUUGCGCUCUAGAAAUAGUCCUGCUCAGCCUGUAGUUCUGAUAAAAUUUUUAAGAAGAUAGAGAAUACCAGCCAAAGAGGAUUAGAAACAUUGUUUUGGAUGCAUUUUGAGCAUUUGGGCAGUUGACACUUGAUUCAGAUAUGGAGUACAAAUCUUCAUUUUAAGAACCGUAAAGACCUUGUCUUUACAGCAUAAUGAAAAUGAGCUUUUAGGUACCUCACAGUGUUUGCCAAAAGUGGUUGUAAUCACUGUAUAUUGCUGCAGCACUUGGUGCGUGAACCCAGAGGGAGAGCUGUAAGAAAAUCUGUGGUCACCUCUCUGCGUGUACUACUGGUUUCCUGCUUGGGACUGCAGCCCUGUCCCUGCCUGAUGCCACUGCCUGCUGUCGUGCUCAUGCCGCUCAGAUGGAAGCGGCAUCAACGCAGGGAAGCCUACAUAGGAACGCAUCUUUAGCUGUGCUUUAAAGGUUGCCCCUAGUACUCCAAGUGCUAUUAUGCCUUAUACUGCCUGCAAUGUUUUGUCUCCUUAUUGAGAAAACAAAUGGUAUUUUUUGGGAGGAGAUGCUGGGGGACCUUUUAAAAAUGGGGGUGGGGGCAGAAUGGUAUGGUGCAAGUGUCUUAGGUUUUGCUUUCUGUCCUCAGCCCCUUUCCAGGACAUGGCAGGAGGAAGGGGUACCAUUUAAAGCUAACAGUGCUUUCGUCCAGCUUAACUAGAGGAAGAUAAGUAAAAUUCUGGGCUAGGAAGUAUAAUCUUGAUCUAUUUUGUUGUUUGUUUGGUUUUGAAACUUUGUAACGUUACUACAACUCUGAAUUUUAAGUAAACACUUUCAUCCUUAAACUUCGACCAGGGGUCUGAAAAGCAAGGUGUUACUCGCUGCAUGAUGAAGCGAGUCUUGAAACCAGAGUACCAGGCAGCUGCCCAGGACUGAGGCUUGGCUCCACAGGAGCGUAGUUGGUUUGAGAGCUGGUCUUGACUGAGCUGGGAGAGAAAGGGGUGCUUUCUGCUGGGCUUGGCUAGCAAAACAUAGGCAUGCAGCAAAGUGGCAGGGAGCCUGCCUGAACUGAGGGCCCUGAAAUGUCACCACCUUUUUUUGCAGUUGGCUGGGGAACAUCCGCGUCUCCAUCAAAUUGCAGUAUGCAGUAGCAUAUACAGUCUCGGUAUUUUUUACCUUUUCUUAUUACGUAGUAUUACUCCCUGACUUCCAGCCCUUUCAAGUGUUGAUAUACAAAGGCAACUAUGAGGCAGUAGUGUGGGUUUUGAUCUUCAUACUGAAGUGUUUAUUAAUAUUUUGAAUUAUAUGAAUAUUUUAGUUUGUAAGUAGACUGGUAGCUGUCAGACUGCAUGUGCUUUGGCAGCUCUUGGAUUUAACUAUUAGCUUUUAUCUUAAUUAUGUGACUUAGCUUGUUCUUAAAAGCUCUGACGUGCUAAAAAGCCUCUGGGUGUGGUUCCCUGGCUACUUGAGCAGGCGAUGCUAUACUCUAGGAGUCCUUUGAUAGCCUUACUGGCUUUCUAACUAGAGGUCUUUCCUGAAUGGCCUUGAAAUGGCACAUUACAAGCCUGAGGUGAAGAGAGUUUACAUUUGCUGCAGGUUUGUGGCUUGUUCCCUGCUGUGUGUUACUCUAGGCAAUGAGAAUAAACGACAUUUCAGGGUGCUCUGCUGCUGGACUUGAAUUCCUCUUCUAGGCUGUGAAAAGAGACAAUGUGCUUCUGUGGUGUUAAAUAACCAUUGUCUUGCUGGAGAGGUUUAACAAAGUUUAGCAACCCUGGCUAAACAGUAGUUAGAGCCAUCUCUAAAGAAGGAGAAAUAGGAGUCACUACAGCUGGUGCAAAGCAAACUGGGACUGGUUUCAUAAACAGAAGCUCCAGAAUAUUUAUUGCAAUAUAUUUGAGAGAAGCACAAAACCAACAUGAAGCUGUCUCAGUGGUGGUUCUGGGUGGUUGCAUGCUAGUGCUUAAAAGGAGGCGGUUGUUACAAAUUUAGGUUCUUGGUUGGGCAACUGUAAUGACCACUUAGUGUUGUGCCAGCUCCAGUGCUGUCUUACUGGUGCCACGCAAGCAUCUGCUCGCAGCAGGCAGGAGAUAAGUAUAAUCUGGACUAACGAGGAAAUUGUUCUACAAACCAUGCUGGUUAUUGUUUGCCUGGGUGAGGCACUGAAGAAGAGCGCCCGUGGCUAUGGGCACUUGGAUGCGCACUGUCCGAUUUCUAAGAAAAAGCAACAGGUUGGUCACCACAUGGGCGUACGACUCCCUGAUGUCCGACCUCUGGAAGAGCAGUGGAUUAGCAGCAACUGCUAUCUUUCUGAACCCUCCUUCGGCUUCCCUGGCCCCGCUGGGUCUCCGCACUGCUCCUUUGGCUCCCGUUGCGCACUCGCUGAGCUCUGGCACGUGGGGGCUUUGGCACGCGGCUGCGUACAAUCAAGUGCUAAGAGGAGGAUGAUUCGUCUUUACAUGCUGUCAUCGGGCUUUCCCCAUGCUUGAGCCAGACGGGGAAGUGAAGUCAGCAGACAACAAAAGGCUGGAGCAAUAAGGGCCUGCGGUGUUUUACUAACUCUUCCUCUGAGGUGUCCUGUUUUGAGCUGCCUCUGAUUCAUUGCUUGUUGCCCAGCAGAGCUCAGCCCUUCCUGCAAAACUCCCUGGCCUGGGAAAUCUGAGGAUAUGCUUAUUAAUGUCCCAUCUCUGUUUUUCCCGGAGAAGGGACGGUCUUCCAGGUCAGUGUGACGGUGGCUGUGGCAGGCGGGGAGGCAGCAGGGAGGGCUCCUCAGGAAAAGUGCAGCUGCACCUCAGACCCUCUCUCUGGGCAGCGUUGCCUUGCUGCUGUCUCGAGGCACUGACGACUUGCCAUCGCCAGCGUAUUGGCAAGGCUUUUCCCGGUCCCUGCAGCCCGUGCCUCAAUGAUCUACUGCCCAACCUUUGCCGCUAGGCUGGGCUUGGGGCGACAGUGGGCUGGAAAAGGCUGGAGGUUUCUAAUCCCUGGUCCGGGGGUUCCCUGCUCCUGGGGAAAGGGUGGAUGCAAAGCACAUCUGCACUCGGUGGCUGAGGGGAUCGGCUCCAGGCUCCUGUGGGGGGUGCAGAGUCAUGGUUAACAGCCCUGUGCGUUAACCAGACCUCCGAGUCCAGGAGCUGCCUCUGGGACCGCAUCCUAGUUGGGAGCACUUCAGGUACGCCCCCAACACAGCCUAGCCGAGGGUCUUCCAUAACUCGCUCGGGUCCCUCAAAUGCUUGUUUCUGUGGUGGUUGCUCCUGCACUCUCUGCUUGAGGAAAUCCUGGAGCAGUGGGAGCUCUGAUCCCUGUGCCAGGCCAUGGGAGUAAGCAGCGUGUUUCCAGCCUGAUGUCACUGCAGCUGCCAUUCUCCUUUGCUUGUUGGGACUUGAAGAGUGGGGUGGCAAGGAGGGAAUUAACUGCUGCCAUAAGUGCUGGCAGCUCUCUGCCCGUUUCCCUGCUGCUGCAGGACCCUUCCAAGCCACCAGUACUCACGUCCUGUGCUUGUGUCCCUGGUGUGUCUGUCCCUUCCGUCUCCCCUCUGCCACGUGAGGCCAGUAGCUGCUGGAGAGCCCUUGUCGCUGCUGGCAGAGGGGAGCGAGCUCAGGUAGGCACCUACUAAAUCCAGCUCAGCCCUCCAGCACGCAGCAGCAAGAUCGGAGCCUACGCCUCAGACCUUCCCUCUCCUGGUGGCAAAGAGAAGCCGGGUGAUGGCAGAUGUGCCCGGAGAAGAUACCCAGCAGUGCUUCGUGGUUCAGGAGUGUGUGCAACCGCUGGCUGCGAGGCAGGAGCUCUGGGAGCCUCUGCCUGACGUUAUGGAGCAUUGGCUGUGUUUCCUCUAGGCCUCCGACCAGCCCAUCUCGCCUGGGGAUGCUGAUUCAGCAGCCACGAUAUCGGAACACGGCAUUUCCUAGGGAUGACAGAAUAGCUGGGAGGAGAUGCAGCCAAAGGCACAUACCCAUGGGACAAGACCGGGCUUGUGAGUGUUUACAGACUCUCACGGUGAUCAGGAGGCCUGCAGCUCCUGCUUUGCCCCUGCUCCAUGCAGAGAUGGGCAAGCUAUGGAGGUGUUACGCCUCCAUUUUCCUAGCCCAAGUGCUGGGUUCGCAUCCCCUUCCCUCCUGGGUGUUUUGGGUGGAUAAGCCCUGGCGAAGCCUCUUUCUUGGGACACGGUGGGUGAGUCCCGCUUCACUGUGGGGUGGGGGGCUGCUGCUGCAGCAGCACGGGGAGACGUCCUUCCGCUGGGCUCGGCCCCUCUUGUGCAGUCGCUGCUGUAGGACUGUCAUGUUUCUCCACGACGUGCCAGGCUUCCAGCUGUGCCUUUGUGUCUCUCGAGAUGAAAAAAAGCCCAGGGCGGGGAGCCAGCAAUGGCUGGCAGCAGCUCUGCAGCCUGCUGUGCAGUCGGCUGCCGGCUUCCCCUGGGCGCUGGGGAGAGAUGGGGCCCCUUCCCCCUCGGGGUGUUAGGAAGGGGUCCCUGGGGCACUCCCUGGUGCCAGGGAUGGCUUUGUGGAGAUGGAGAAUGGGGCGAAGCUGGUCCAGCAAACACCUCGCAGUGCAUGAGCAGGGACGGCCUCCCGCCAUCCCCUUUUGCUCCAGCCGGUCCUUCCCCCUCUCGCAGCGCCUGUCGGACAAGCUCUUUCCGCUUCGGAUUAUCUCUCCAGGCGGACUUGGCUGCAAGCCCCACAUUCCUUCCAGCCUAGCGCUGCCCUGAGCCCAUGCCAAGCCCUGCCUGCUUCUGCUAUCGCUCAGGGCUCAGGCCAGGGCCGAGCCUGGAAGAGACGAGCUGGACGAGCCCCACUGGUGCUUGAGAUCCUAAAUGCCAUUUUCCUUGAGCUCCAGGAGGGUUGUGGUGGGUCUUGUGCUGGUGCUUGGAUGGAGGUUAGCUUGACGGCCAUCCCUGCUGCCCAUCCUGGAGGGAUCAGGGCCGCUGCUCCUUCCCAAAGCUCCCACCCUGCACAUGCACUUCCCCGGGGAAGGCAGGACAUAUCCCUAUCCCUUGGGCAGAGGCAGAUGGGGCAUCCUGUAGCCGUGAGCGGCGAGGCAGCCCUGGACCUGCGUUCCUGAAGCAGGGAGCUGAAAAUGCUGCAGGGGCUGGAUCACUGGUCCUAUGGAGGAGCUCUCUGGUUUGGGCUCACC